CCCUAAUUUUCCACCCCUUUAAACUCUUCAACACUCUGCAUAUUUACACAUCGCCGCCUCACAAAUUCACACCCUUUGCUCGCUACCCAGCCUCUCAAAUUCCUAACCCUAAGCAUGCCGCCGAAGUUCGACCCGACCCAAGUUGUCGACGUCUUCGUUCGAGUCACCGGAGGUGAAGUCGGAGCUGCCAGUUCCCUCGCGCCUAAAAUCGGUCCUUUGGGUCUCUCCCCCAAGAAAAUUGGUGAAGACAUCGCCAAAGAAACCGCCAAGGACUGGAAGGGCUUACGUGUCACGGUUAAGCUUACCGUCCAGAACCGUCAAGCCAAGGUCACCGUAGUCCCUUCCGCCGCCGCUCUGGUCAUCAAGGCCUUGAAAGAGCCUGAAAGGGAUCGUAAGAAGACGAAGAAUAUCAAGCAUAAUGGGAAUAUUAGCCUUGAUGAUGUGAUUGAGAUUGCCAGAGUCAUGAGGCCUAGAUCCAUGGCUAAGGAUCUGAGAGGAACCGUGAAGGAGAUUUUGGGAACUUGUGUCUCUGUUGGGUGCACGGUUGAUGGGAAAGACCCUAAAGAUUUGCAGCAGGAAAUUUCUGAUGGGGAUAUCGAUGUUCCCUUGGAGUGAA